UGAAAGACGCACUGUGAUGAUGACAGCGGCCGCUGCGCGUGUAUGUGGAAAACAUUUAACAGUGUGCACAUUUAAAUCUUCACAUUUUAACUUAACCAAAAAAAGCAGAUCAAGUUUGUUCGAUCGCCAAAUUGCAGGGAGAGAAGAGCACAGCGACAGUGAUGAUGUCCAGUGAAGAGCUGCUGUCUGUGGAUUAUGAGGUGUAUGGGAGAGUUCAGGGUGUGUUCUUCAGAAAAUACACACAGUCAGAGGGCAAGAAGUUGGGUCUGGUUGGCUGGGUAAAAAACACUGAUGCUGGGACAGUUCAAGGGCAGCUGCAGGGUCCGGCCUCUAAAGUUGAACAGAUGAAGCACUGGCUCCAAACCACCGGCAGCCCUCAGUCUCGAAUCGCCAAAACUGAGUUCAAGAAUGAGCACACAGUGGACAAACUGGAUUUUAAGGAUUUCAAAGUUGCGCGUUGAUGAAUUAGUAUUUAUGUAUAUAGAUAUGUAGGUUAUUUAUUUUAGCGUUAAAAAUUGUGUUUCAAACAUGUGGCCAUUGUCUGCUACUGAUAAAAAUAUAUAGAAAGGCAAAACUGAUACCACUCCACUCCGGCACAGAGAUUUAUUCUUAAUUUUUAUUGCCUUGAAAUCUCAUUUCUGAAGUAAACAUGCAUACAAACUAAUAUAAUAGACACAUUUUAGCUGAUAUGUAAUGCGUCUGUAGCCUAAUCAUUCAGUUGUUAAAUUAAAUUGUGUUUAUUAAAUUGGUUAUUUCAUGAUGGCAAUUAAUUAACUGAUUUAAAAACUGUAAUAAAAGAUGUAAAGUGGUUUACAAACCAUGUGUAAAAACAA